AUGGGUUAUUGUGACAUUGUAGAAACUGUUGAAAUUGGUGGUGAUAGAGUCACCGUUUUUAGACAAGAAAAUGAAACAACUAAAACAGCUACAAUAAUUAUUCGUGGAGCUACACAAAAUCAUUUGGAUGAUAUUGAGAGAGCUAUUGAUGGCGGUAUUAAUAUAGUUAAAGCCAUUGGCAGAGAUAAUCGUUUAGUUCCUGGUGCUGGCGCAACUGAAAUGGAAUUGCUUAAACAAUUAGUCACAUUUGAAAUUUUUCCAAGAACAAUAGCAGAAAAUUCUGGAUUAGAUGCUACAAAAGUUUUAGCAAAACUUUAUUCCAUUCAUUAUAAUGCUGAUAUUGCUGCUGGUACUACUACCACUAAGAUAACAAAAGGAAGUGAUACAACAAUAGAUGAUGUUGAAGGUUGUAAAGACGAAUCACAAGAUGCUAAAAAUUAUAAUCGAUUGAUAGGUGUAGACAUUGAAAAUGAAGAAGAUGGUGGAGGUGUUUGUAAUGUCGUGGAGAAAGGAAUUUUAGAUUGCUAUGCUAGUAAGUUGUGGGCCAUUAAAUUUGCUACUGAUGCUGCUUUAACUGUGUUAAGAGUUGAUCAGAUUAUCAUGAGUAAACCAGCUGGUGGACCUAAAGCACCAAAACAAAAUCCUAAUUGGGACGAAGAUUAA